GAAGUCUUCGAGUCCGUGUUUUCUCCAGAGUCAGCUUCUUUGUUUGUCAGAGAGAGAGAGAGAGAAAAUAAAAUAAAAACCAAAGUUUUUAGAGAGAGAAAAAAUUGUGUCUUGUUUAAGAACAGAGAGAGGAUCUAGCAGCGUGUUCUGUUCUGUUCUUUGAUAAGACUCUGAAACAUCAUGAUCUCUUAUGUUCUUUGAUCUCACCGAUUUAGAUUGAAGAGACCCUUAUUAUUUGUCACUGAAGUUUGGUGUUUGAGGUUUGUUAUCUUAUCCUUACCUUUAAUUUUUCUUCUUUUGUUCUUAUUGUGUGUUCGUGUGUAUGCUUCUUUAGGUGUGUGAGGUAUUUCAUUUGAUUCUUGUUUUCAUAAGGAAAGAGAAAAAGAUAAACUGAAAAUAGAGAUGAUAGAUUCUAUUUUGUAAAGUUGAUACAAGAUAGAACCUUUGACAAGUUGUUUAAUCUUGAUUUGAUAGCUCCUUUGAGAAGUUACUAUUGAAGAGGUUUAAUUCAAUAAUCAGAUUUGAAACCAGCCGAAAAUUGUUUCUGACAAAAGUAUGGAACUUUAAAUUGCUUUAGCCUUUAGGAAUUAGGUCCAUCCAUGUGGGGCUUCGUUUGAGGAGAAUCUCUUUGUUUUUGUUUUGUUUUUAACACUUUGUGCUUUUCUCUAUAUGUGUUCCUUCUCUUUUAUUUCUUGAUCAUUAAGUUUGAAGAUGGAAUUUAAAUUAAAGUUUGGUUUAUUUAUAUGCAGAUAUUUACUCUCCUAAGAGUUGUGACUUGUAACUAGAGUGGAAGAACAUUUAUUUAUUCUUGAAGUGGUUUUGGUGACAUAUUAAGUUCUGUGGCUGUCGCCGUGUUGGAAGAAAUGUCCUUCCGAAGUAUAAUGCGUGAUGUGAGGGAUGGAUUUGGAAGUUUAUCAAGGCGGAGUUUUGAGGUGAGGCUUCCUGGCCAUCAAAGGGGAAAGUCACGUAGUUCGGUUCAUGAAUUGCAUGAUCAGCCUCAAGUUAUACAGAACAGCCGGUGGGCUAGCCUUCCACCCGAGCUUCUACGUGAUGUGAUUAAGAGAUUGGAAACUAAUGAGAGUACUUGGCCUAAUCGUAAGCAUGUGGUUGCUUGUGCUGCUGUGUGCAAGUCAUGGAGAGAAAUGUGCAAAGAAAUUGUUAGCAGUCUUGAAUACUGUGGGAAGAUUACUUUCCCCAUUUCCUUGAAGCAGCCUGGCUAUAGGGAUGGACCUAUCCAAUGUUUCAUCAAGAGAGACAAAUCUAAGCUGACAUACCACCUCUUCCUUUGCCUUAGUCCUGCCUUGCUUGUUGAAAAUGGAAAGUUUCUUUUGUCUGCAAAACGUACCAGAAGAACGACUUGCACGGAGUAUGUUAUAUCAAUGGAUGCAGAUAACAUAUCAAGAUCUAGUAGCACUUACAUUGGAAAGCUUAGAUCUAAUUUUCUCGGAACCAAGUUCAUAAUUUAUGAUACACAGCCUCCCUAUAACAAUGCUCAGCUGGCUCCACCUGGACGCAGCCGUAGAUUCUACUCGAAAAAAGUUUCUCCAAAGGUCCCUAGUGGCAGCUACAAUAUCGCCCAGGUCACCUAUGAGUUGAAUGUUCUCGGUACUAGAGGCCCGCGAAGGAUGAAUUGCACUAUGUACUCGGUCCCUGCCUCUUCCCUUGAGCCUGGUGGCAUUGUCCCAGGCCAGCCAGAGCUCAUUCAGCGUUCACUUGAGGAUUCUUUCCGUAGUUUAUCCUUUGCAAGAUCAAUUGAUAAUUCUACCGAGUUUAGCAGCUGUAGGUUCUCAGAUAUAAUGGGUGCUAGCAAUGAAGAUGAGGAGGGGAAGGAGAGACCUCUAGUUCUUAAGAACAAGUCUCCGAGAUGGCACGAACAGCUGCAGUGUUGGUGCCUUAACUUUAGAGGAAGAGUGACUGUCGCGUCCGUCAAGAAUUUUCAGCUGAUUGCUGCAACACAGCCUGCACCUGGUGCUCCUCAUGCAACAGCAGGACCUGCGCCGUCACAGCCGGGACAGUCUGACCAUGACAAAAUUAUUCUUCAGUUUGGUAAGGUCGGCAAGGAUAUGUUUACCAUGGACUACCGAUACCCUCUCUCGGCAUUUCAGGCUUUCGCGAUAUGUUUGACUAGCUUUGACACUAAAUUGGCAUGUGAAUAGUAACAAGAGAUAUAUGUGGCAAGACAAGUAGGGUGUAAUCUCCAUUUUAGGAAUUCAUAGGAUGGUGAAAGCUGAACUAAACAUGUGUUUGGUAUCACGGUGAGUAUGCCAGAAUCAUGGUGAUCCACAGUAAUUUUACAGAAGCUAAAGAGUGUAGGUUUUGGAAAAUCACGGAGGGUCACCAUGAUUCUAAUAUAUCCACCGUGAUACUAAAUAUACACCAAGUCAUUGUAUGCCUCAUAGUUAAAUUGUAAAAUACAAAACCAAAACAAUCUCUUCCGUGUGUCCUUUUUUUUAUGUUUUGUUGUAGCCCUUUUCUUUUGAACAUGUCCCUUAUUUUUUUUUGCCUUUGCCCUUUUUCUUUUCAAUCCUCAUGUUUAGUAUGCAUUAGAGAUUAAACUAUCUUUGUCAAACUUUGUUGAUGUAGACUUCCAUACUUUUAUGAUAAAGAUGUAAUGAAGAAAAGUUAGUAGCAUUCAACAUCUGUUGGGUCA